CUCCGCAAGCAUGCCUCUCUAUGUUAUGUUGAGCAGGAGAGCAACUAUGAAACAGCGAACUUGAAGCUGAACCGAGGCACGCGGGAACGGCGGCCGAACAGCAAGUGAUGACUCACCAAAUUGAACGAAGGAAGGCCAUUAAUUCUCCUCAUGAUCAAAUCCGGGUGAUUUCGCUUUUGUUCCGAGUAUCUAUUCUGAAUACCGUUUGCCCUGCCAGUGCGCUCUCACGAGCCGCCCGCCCGAAGGCUGUGAGUGAAAUAGCCAACGACGACUACUACGGAAAAACGACACCGUUGAGGAUGCUGCUGGACUCGAUAUUAACUCUUCGAGCAUUGAUCAGCCAUUUUUCCCCGUGGCAGCGUCCUUUCGAACUGCUUGGGCAACCAGGUCUUCGAACUUCCCAGCCGCAAGACAUCUCUUCGCCGCCAAAACGCAUAGCCGUCGUGGGUGCCGGAACGGCAGGUCUCUCGUUCCUUAAAGUCAGCCUGGGGUACCAGCGAGAGCGUGAUGUCAACUGGGAAGUUGUCCUGUACGAACAGCGCCACGAUAUAGGUGGCGUAUGGCUUGAGCAAGUGGUCAAGCCUGAGCCCCCUCUUCUACCAGAGACUCCGCUUUACCCCAACCUUCGUACGAAUUCGCCGCACCCCGUUAGUGAGUAUGCACCCCUCCCAUCAUUCUAUCGUCGCUCUACCUCGUCAAUUUUAGAUACCUUUCCGAACUUCCCAUUCCCCGCCGAACUGGACUUAUUUCCUGGCGCGCAGUCCUUGUACCAGUACCACAAAGAUGUCGUCGCGCACUACAACCUUACUGGCUCGAUUCAUUUGCGGCAUAAUGUCACUACCGCUCGCUGGUUUGGUAAUGCUACCCAUGGCCAUUGGGGACUUACCAUCCAAAGACCACGAAAAACUUGCCCAUCCGGGACUAUGCAGAAUCCCACCCAUUUUUGGUGCUCAGUCUUACAGGGCUCAGAACACGAUUUGGAGACUAUAUACGAAAAAUUCGAUCACCUCAUCGUGGCCACCGGUCAAAAUCGGUACCCUCUUGUGGAUAACUUUCCCGGAAGAGAUGACUGGCUAUUGAACAGUGAUCCUAAGUCUCCGUUCCGGAGAGACAUACGACAUUCUAUCUACUUCAACGGCCCAGAACCUUACGUAAAUCGCACUGUUCUUAUCGCCGGGGGUAGUGUUAGUGGCAUGGAUAUUGGGAACCACAUUACCCCAUUCGCUGCUAAGGCAUACAUUGCACGAUCGGCAGGGAUGAAAGGCGACCCGUCGAACCAUUUCCUUAUUCCAAAGCCUCGAUUGUCACACUUCGAUCGUGAUGCCAUUUAUUUUGAAGAUGGAUCCUCCGUGACAGAUGUUGAUAGCGUUAUCCUUGCAACUGGAUACCGCUAUAUCGUGCCGUUUCUGAUUGCUGGAAAUGCACUUGUUAUCGACCCCAAUGCAAAAUCACACAACACUUCACACAUCCAUCCGCCCCCUCUUCUACGGCUCACGAGCAACGGAAAAUACAUGCAUCCUCUUUACAAACAUACGAUGAGUUUGAGCUCCUAUUUCCCUCCUAGCUCUCUUUUUGUCUUUGCACUGCCGAGGAUUCCUCCACCUGCGCUCGGAGAUUCUGCUCAAGCUAUUUUCGCUACCCGGGUUAUCGCCGAUCCAUCUCUCGUUGCCAACAGAAUUUCACUCCUUCGGGAAUUGGAGGAGGAUGAGGAACGUCUUCGACGGGCAGGAUAUGAUCCCGAUAAGCGAGCACAUACGCUCGUCGAUCUUGGCGAUCUUGGGCAAGCGUCGAACCUCUGGAUGGAGAGCCUUAUAGAUUUCCUCAAGGAGAGGAACGUCACUGGACUACCAUUGCCUGGGAGUGGUGGUCGGUACGUCGAUGAUUGGCGGAGAAAGCAUGGGGAUUUGCGUGCGCUUGUCGGAAUGUUGUUCACUUGGAGGGAGGUCGAGAAACGUGGUGAAUCGGAAAAGCUGCUCGCUGGGAGGAGGACAGAGAAAGAUUGGGCUGAACUGCUUGACUAUCUGGAGACACAUCCGUUGCCUCCUACUCCCAUCGAGGUUGAUCCAAAAGUUUAAUGAGAACGUUGCGUCACAGCUCAAAGCCUCAGCACGAUAUUACAAUCUGUUCAGGUCAGUGCGCAUUUGGGUUUGUAGACGGGCGCCUUGGUCAACUCAUGAUCGUGGAAAAUUCAAUUCGAGGGCUGGUAUCAUACCACUGGCACAUAAGAUCCCAUUCUCCUUUGUGCGAUUCGAAGCAC